UAUGAUUGGAUUUAGUCAUCUUUUAUCUAUAAUCCUAUUCAUCGCCCUUAUAAUCUCAGAUUAUCCAUCUUCUUUGGCCUUUCGUAGAGAUUAUACGUUUCAACUGCCAGAACAAUAUCACAAAUCCUAUGAAGGAUCAAAAUUCCUAUGUCAAGUUGUUUGCUAUAUUAUCACAAAGAAUUUUGCAAGAGUGAUUGAUGAAAGUUUAACUGGAUGUCCUCAUAUUGUUGAAUUUAAUCAGGAAAACAAUUAUCAACAUCCUUUUACUCUCGAAAAAAAGGGACCAACCUGUAGCGUUUAUCAAGGUUUACAAUUCGUUAUAAAAUGUUCCAAUAUCGAGAAGGAAAAUCAUUUGAGAUGUAGUUGCUUAUACGAUAGCAACGAAAACAAAGUACCAUGCGAAAAUUUACCUACAAAGAUUACAAUGGCAAAUAAGAGUGUAACUGAGCCAGUUGUCGACUGCCAUCCUUCGAUUAGGCUUGUGGGAACGGAACAAAAGUUUAAUCCAAUUUUAUGUAAAAGUCCCGUUUGUUCCGAAACGAAUAAAAGAACCCAUUAUCAUUGCCCGUUCUGUUUUAAAAACGAUGUUUACACGGACAGCGCUCUACUGAAAGCCCAUUAUAGAGUAAAACAUGUCGACAAGGGAAUGUUAUUUGCUGGUUUAUGGAUAAUCCGAUGUUGUGAUUCGUGCAACAUUAUUGGGUCGAUAAAAGGCUCAAAAGAAUUCAAGGGUGCUCAUUGGCAUUGUUAUGGAUGUCGAAAUGGAUUUAAUAGAAGAGAUGAGGCCUUAAAGCAUUUUCGUACACAUUUUAAAAAUCCUCGUACCACUUUUCAAAUUCAACUGGUACAAGAUGUUAAUCAGAAAAUAUUAGAUAUGAACAAACAAGACGAUGCAGAGGGUCAAAGGUUGUCAGAUGAGCCUCAGUUGAUCAUAUCAAUAGCACCUGAAGCCUCGCGAGAAGUUUUAGUAGAUAAUACAGAGGUUAUAGCGGAGGGUGAUAAACUAGAAAUCGUAGAACAUACCAAUUUCAAAGAUCAACAUGUACCCUUUAUCGAAUAUCAAAAAAUAGAGGAGGAAAAUAGACGUCUUCAUAAUAGAAUUAUCGAUUUCGAGAAGAAAGAAAUUAAAUAUCUAGAAAGAAUAAAAAUACUUGAAGAGGAACUUGGAGAACUUAAGGAACCAAUAAAAAAGCGAAAAAAUGUUGAAAAUUCUUCCUAA